AUGGCUCUCUCCGGCACCAUUCCACCGCAGCUCGGACACCUCUCCUUCCUCGUCUCCCUCGACCUCUCCUACAACCUUUUCUAUGGAGAUUUGCCACACCAACUGUCUCUCAUUCGCCGUUUGAAGUUCAUAUCUUUUGAACUCAACAACUUCACCGGAGAAAUCCCUCCGAUGUUGGGUCAGUUACCAAAAUUAGAGUACUUGUCUUUAAGCAACAACAGCUUCAUAGGUUCCAUCCCAAAAUCGCUCUCAAACCUCACAAACCUACAAUUUCUUGACUUAUCUUCCAAUUCUCUAAGUGGAGAAAUUCCAAAAGAGUUUGGGAGACUUCAAAGUCUACAAACUCUAUCUGUUCGAUUCAAUCAUCUAUCCGGUGCUAUACCAUCAGCCAUAUUCAACAUCUCGACCCUUGUAGUUAUAGCAUUGAGAGACAAUGAACUGAGUGGAAAUCUUCCAACAGACAUGUGCCGUAAUCUUCCAUUUCUUACUGAGCUUGGUCUUUCUUUCAAUCUGCUGAGUGGCGUGAUUCCCACAAAUCUAUCCCAGUGUUCACGGCUUGAGGCGUUGAGCCUCUCUUACAACUCUUUUAGUGGGGAGAUACCUUCAGAGAUUGGCUACUUAACAUCUCUUCAGUUUUUAGCUCUUGAUGGUAACAAUUUGAAUGGAAUACUACCACAUGAGAUUGGCCAUCUUCAAAGUCUGGUUACUUUUGGUGCUGAACAUAAUGAGAUUGUGGGCUCAAUUGAUUUCAAUAUUUUCACGAAUAUGUCUUCUGUGCAAAACAUAUAUCUAGGGCGCAACAAAUUCACGGGGAACCUUUCAAAGGAUGUUGGGAAUAUUACCAUGCUAACAAAUUUAUACCUCUCGGAAAACCAUUUUACAGGGCUUAUUCCCACUGAAUUUGGCCAACUUUACCAUUUGGAGACAUUCGUACUACACUUGAACAGCUUCACUGGUUCGAUUCCACAUGAGCUCUUUAACAUUUCAACUCUUCGGAUUCUUUCACUUGCAGGCAAUGCUCUGUUGGGGGUUCUUCCAACCCAUUUAUGCCAUGUCUCUCCCUUUCUUGAAGGAUUGUAUCUUGGCGUAAAUUCUAUCACCGGAGCAAUACCCAACUCCAUCUCUAACUGUUCUCGACUCACAAUUCUCUCACUUCCUGAAAACAAAUUCAAUGGUUAUAUACCUACUCAUCUCGGCAACCUAGGACUUCUUCAAAGUCUUUCUCUGGCCAGAAACAAUCUUACCCAGGCACCAUAUUCUUCCUUCAUUACUUCAUUGACAAAUUGCAGAUCUCUAACUAGUUUGUCAAUUGAUGAUAAUCCUCUAAAUGGUGUCAUUCCAGCUUCUGUCGGGAACUUAUCUUCCUCGCUUUCAACAAUCUAUGCCGAGAACUGCAAAUUCAAGGGCAGCAUUCCUGUUGAAAUUGGCAAUCUAAGCAAUAUGAUGGUACUGGAUUUAUCUGAGAAUGAGUUAUCUGGUAAUAUUCCACUAACUAUAAGCCAUUUGCAUGAACUUCAAGGAUUAAAUCUGUCUCAUAACAAGUUGGGAGGCUCAAUACCACAUGCUAUAUGUGAUCUAUUCAGCCUCAAUACUUUAGUUAUGAGCAAGAAUCAAUUUUCAGGCCCAAUUCCUAAAUGUCUGGGAAAUGUCUCUUCUUUAAGAAAUCUUCAUCUAGGCUCCAACAUUUUGAAUUCUAGCAUACCAUCAAGCUUAUGGGGCCUAAAAGAUUUGAUCAUUCUAGACUUAUCCUCAAAUUCAUUAAAUGGGUCACUACCUCUAGAGAUGAGUAACUUAGGAGCAGCUAUCUAUAUAAAUGUAGCAAUGAAUCAGUUGUCAGGGUCAAUUCCGAGGAAUAUCGGAAAGUUGCAGAAUUUGGUUUACCUGUCUUUGGCAUAUAAUAGACUAGAAGGUUCUAUUGCUGUGUCUAUGGGAAGCAUGAUCAGUUUGGUAAAUCUCGACUUGUCGUACAACAACCUCUCUGGUUCAAUUCCAAAUUUACCACAUUUAUAUUCAUUAAAACUCUCUUCCGACAAAUUAAAUGGUGAGCUUCCAUUCUCCAUCUGCAACUCGACAUCCCUUGGUAUUCUUCUACUCUCAAAUAACAGUUUGGAAGGGUCAAUUCUGCAAUGCUUUCGAAACUUGAGCAAAUCUUUGGUCAUAUUUCAUUUAAAUUCAAAUCACUUUAGUGGCCCCAUUCCAUCAAUAUUUAUGAGAGGGUGUAUUCUUGAGUCCAUCAAUUUGAGUGGUAAUAAAUUGCAAGGAAAUUUGCCUAAAUCCUUAAUCAAUUGCAAAAGUCUUAAGGGCCUUGAUGUUGGAAAUAAUAGAAUACAAGACAAAUUUCCAUUUUGGAUGGAAGCUCUUCCUCAGCUUCGAGUGCUCGUCUUGAAGUCUAACAAGUUUGAUGGUAACAUGUCGCUGCCUUCAGGAAGCAACCUUCCAUUUCCUAAGUUGCAAGUUUUAGAUAUAUCAGAGAACGAAUUUGUGGGGUCUCUACCUCAAAAAUAUUUCAAGAAUUUCAGAGCAAUGAUAGAUGUGAAAGAAAAUCAAACAAAUCCAACACCAAGUGAUGAUGAUGAUCGCGCACUUCUAUAUUAUUUGGAGAUGGGAAAAACAAAUCUAACACCAAGUGGUUGAUCGCACCUUUCUAUAUUAUUUGGAGAUGAGAAUCACCUUGAAAGGUGUGAAUCAAUUAUUGAAGAGACUGUUGAAAACCUUUACAACCAUUGACUUUUCCUCCAAUAAAUUCUCUGGGAGUAUUCCAGUAAUCUGAAUUCUCUGAGAUACUUGAAUUUGUCCCAUAAUAAUCUCAUGGGACACAUACCUGCAUCUCUUGGAAAUAUAAGUGUGCUUGAAUCAUUGGACUUGUCAUCGAACAAAUUGGAUGGAGGAAUUCCAAGUGAAUUGACGAGGUUGACAUUUCUCGAGAAAUUAAACCUUUCAAUGAAUGAUCUCGUGGGGCAAAUACCACAAUCUAAUCAGUUUUCCACAUUUGAGAAUGAUUCAUUCAUCGGAAACUUGAGAUUGUGUGGAGUUCCGUUGACGAGAAAAUGCAAUGAGGAGAAUGGGCAACAGAUGCAGCCAGAAGAAGAAGAAGAUGAUCGAGUAUGGAUUUAUAGAUGGAUUUGGUUGGAGAAGUGUGGUGAUGGGAUAUGGAAAUGGACUCAUAGUUGGAAUUGGAAUUGGUUGUUGCAUUAUUCGAUUUGGAAGGCCAAGAUGGUUGGUGGAAUUCUUUUUUGGCGUUGGAUAUACAUACAAGAAGAACAAGAAGAAGAAGAAGAAGAAGACAAGGAAGAGAGCUACUCCAACACAGAGGAGAAGUUGAUUCAAGACAAACAUUAUCAACUUUUCUUUUGUGGACUUCAGAUUGUUUUUUUAUACUCGUGAGUUUUUGAUUUAGAGUUUAUAAAAUGUUUAUGUUAAAUCUUUGUAUUUACGAAAAUACACUCAUCUAAAAUUCAACA